CGCACGCCAAAUGUUAUCGGAACAGCAAUACCAGAAAUAAAACACGGUAUUUCCCGGUGAUGGUCUUAUCAAAGGGGUCCAAGGCUGAUGCACUCAUGUGGAUGCCCCCGAUGUCCUCCCUAUCUUCCGCUGACGAUCGGGUGUUUUCCUCGCAUCUCAUUGGCUGACGCUGCGGUAUAAAGUUCUUCAGAGACGCUCUCAGACACUCAGAGACGUUCACCUCUGACGCGCAGAGCUGUUCCGCUGCUGGCUUAUAACUUACUUUAUGCGAAGAGCGUCUUCAAAGUUUGUGAUUGUGGACUUAAAAUAUAUCUCAAUUUGUUUUCGCGCAGUCAAUAUUGUCAACACGAUGAAGGAAAAAAUACUUAUAACACAGCCUUGUGUUGCGAGAUGCAAACUUGUUCUUGUCGGGGAUGUUCAGUGUGGUAAAACAGCGAUGUUACAAGUCUUUGCAAAGGAUUGCUACCCAGAGACCUACGUCCCUACAGUAUUUGAAAACUACACAGCCAGCCUGCAGCUUGAAGAACAGCGCGUGGAGCUCAGCCUCUGGGACACGUCAGGCUCUCCGUACUACGACAACGUCCGGCCAUUGUGCUACAGUGACUCCGACGCAGUGCUGCUGUGUUUUGACACCAGCCGUCCGGACUCAGUGGACGGCACACUGAAGAAGUGGAAGGCAGAGAUCCUGGACUUCUGCCCCAGCACGCGGAUCCUUCUGAUCGGCUGUAAGACGGACCUGCGCAGCGACGUGUGCACGCUGACGGAGCUGUCCCACGGCAAACACAUACCCGUCUCCCACGAGCAGGGCGCCUCCCUGGCCAGACAGCUGGGAGCCGAGGCCUUCCUGGAGUGCUCCGCCUUCACGUCGGAGAAGAGCGUCCACAGUGCGUUCCGCUCGGCGGCGUUGGCGUGCAUGAACAGGCUGCCGCCGGCCCCCAGGGCCAGCCCGGUGAGCCGGCUCUCCAAGAGGCUGCUGCGGCUGUCCAACAGCACGGGCCUCCUGGCCUCCGCCUUCAAGAACAAGGACAAGGCCAAGGGCUGCGCCAUCAUGUAGCGACGGCGGGACGCUUGGGAAGGAUCAAAGAACAGGGGCAAGGGUCCAGGGGGUGACGGGCCGUUGUGGUGGGGUUGAGAAGUUUUAUGUGAGACCCAAAAAGUUUUGAAAGGGUUUUUUGGGGUUGGGGGGAGACGAUAUGCAGGUUGCUAAUGGUCGAUCAAUGUGUUGUCUCUGGUAACCGCGAUAUUUUCUUUCAAACAUUUGGAAGACUUUUUUCAUGGCUCUGAAGAGAGAGCACAGUAUGCACUUUAUGAGUGGACUUCAUGACUUCAAUGAUGAGGUUUGGGUGUUUGUUUAUUUGGUUGAUCAAGGCUGAAGAAGAUGUGAGGAAUUUGUUUACUGUCUGUAAGUGAUAGGCUGCCUUGAUGUGGGAUCAGGAGUUGAAAACAGGUCUGGUUGAACACAUUUCUUAUCGGAAGUCAAAGGAGUCAGCAGAGACCGAGAGUCAGGGGUCGAGUCCGAAGGGUGUUUGAUUAAAAGUGAAUUGAGGAUGGAAAUGGACGAAUGAGUCAACAUGCUGUUUCCUGUUCUUAACUGUAUACAAUAGUUUGUUUUGAGGGCAUUUUGGAUUAUGCCAAAAAAAACAAAAAACUUUUUAUAAUGUUAAUUUCAUUUUGAACCGAACAAAGAGCAACUUCUGAACUUAAUCAAAAAUAUAAAUUUCCCCUUUCAACAUGUUUACAUUCAGUGGUUGAGCUUAGCUGGCAGGAUCGUCUAGUUCAAGCAUGUCAACAGGCUGGUCCUGUUAUUAUUAUUUUUUUAUCCAUAUGUGUACGUAUUCUGUCUUAACAAAGCCUUCACAGGGUGUCUGUUGUUUGUGGCUGUCUUUAAGUGUUUAGUGUUAUUGAUGUCGUUUUUCUAUUCACUUUAGUCUUCUGGGAUUUGGAGUUGAUGGCAGCUCAUCUAAUUGAAGACAUGAUGAUUCGUAGGUUUGCACUGAAGCCCAGUUUUCCGUAGAUAUACAGAUCACUGGUAUUGAAUGUGUUGCCUAGCAACACAGUGCACAGGGGCGGGUGUGAGCAUGGUUCCUCUCUAAAUAGACAGAGGAAGAUGGCUUUCUCAUUGGUUUUCUUACUCCACACUGAAGGUUACCCAUUUAAAAACACACCACUCUUUGAAAUUCUCAAUGUGUUUUAGAAGACGCCAUGUCUACAGGAAUAAGACAGUAAGAAUGUGGCUUUUUUGAAAAGCAACUAUUUAAAAAAAAGCCACACUUUCACUGUCUUAUUUACAUCUUACACUCCUGACCUUUUUUUGUCCUUAGUUACAGUUUUGGUUUCAUUAUUGUAUGGAAUGGAACCUUUAAGUAAACUAUUCACGGAAGAGUCCUCAUGCUGAUGUCAAAAAUGCCCUCCCAUAUCAUGUCUUUAAGAGUAUAAGUGUCUUUCUGUAUAUAUAUUUAUAUCCUUCCAUGUGAUACUUGACUAUGGAAAGAUGGGAAAGAAGCCUAAUAACGAAACAAAAGUAUUGUGGAUCAUUGUAUACUGAUUGAAUCCUCCAUUGGUUAUGGUUGUAAUACAUUGCUUUAUAAUGAUAAUAAAUAUUUCCAAUGUUUUAUUUCUGAUUGACAUGUUUCCCUUGUAGCUGCAUUAAAUAUAACAAAUAUUUUCUUAGGGAUUUGGGAUUUGGGAUAUGUUUAAAAUGAGACAUAUUUUAACAAAACAAGUAACCAAAUCAUCCUUUAAUAUGAUCAAUGAAUACUAGAAAUCAUGUUAAGUGCAUUUUUUAUCACUUGGCAAAAGAAUGACCAGGACAUCUUGUGCCGAAAACAUUAAUAAAAUCCAAGGUUGCCCCUUUGCAGGGAUGUCUGAUAUUAUGCGGAAGGACGUCUAACUGAUAUCCUCCGCAACCGUUCCAAAUAGCCACUAUGACCAAGGUCAAAGAAAACACGUUCAGGACAAUCUCCUUGCCCAUCGGAUAAUCUAUUAAGCAAACAAAAACAAUUUCCCUGUUAUACUGGCCGCCAAGCCUGGCUUGCUGUCACACAACCUUUAGCCCUUAUUUGUUGGGGCUAUAAUUGGAUGCUUGUGGCUUGGUGUGUAGGCAGAGCCGGU